CAUAAAAGCGAAAAUAAAUUAGUAAAUGACUAAUUUUUGUUAGGGCAAUGUAAUAAUGAUAGUUAGAAAAAUACCUCAAACAUCCACUCCAUUAAUUUACACAUAUCAGAAAUAAUUUCGUUUUAUGUAGGACAGACAGUUUCAGUCAUUUCUUAUCGAUUUUUAUUCAUUCUAGUCGUAUCUGACUGAUUAUCAAUAUCAUCUCGCGACGUUCAAUACUGGCUCCUCCCCCUCAGCGGAAGAUGGGAGGAGCAAAGCUCUGAGCUUUCUCCUGAUUGGUCCAUUUCCAAUAAUCCGCCAUAUUCAAACUUCCGCCGUCUACUGUGUGUGUUGUCAUUGAUUCCGUGUUUUCUUUGUAUAGAUAAAGCAACUUUUCAUACACUCGGACUUAGUUUUUUAUUAUCUACUCAUUAAUACACAUUGGUAUAGGAUAUUUUACAACUAAUUGACUCGCAAAAUGGAAGAAAACGAGGAAGUUCACGGAAGGACGGUGGGAAACCAGAAGCAGAAACUACGGAGGAUUUCGUCGAGGACGUCUACUACGAGUGUCAUCAGCGCUGCAGAGCCGUCGCCCCCGCAAAGACUGCGGAGAAACAACUCGAAGAAACCGUCACUGCAGAGAGGCAGCUCUUUCACCUUCCUCACUCCAGGGACGCCUUGGGACUUCAGUCUAAAGAGAAAGCGCAAAGAAAAGGAGGAUGACACCGUCAGCCUCUCCAGCUUUGACCUCAAGGAGCCCAGUAAUAAGCGAGUGCGAUCCCUGGCUAAAGUUUCAUCUCUCGUCAACCUGAUAUCUCCGUCGAAAAACGGAGCAGUGCGGCGCUUCGGCCAGUCCAUUCAGUCCAUGUCGUUACGUAACGAUGGGAAGUCGCCGGGGACGACUCUCAAAGCUGCCAGCAAGGCCCCAGCUCCGACUCCCACCAAACGCAGGAACAGCACGCUGUGGUCAGAGACACUGGACGUCCAUCAGAAGAGCGCCUUCUCUGCUAAGGAAAUCAAAAGACAAGAGGCCAUUUAUGAGCUUUUCAGGGGCGAGCAGGACCUCAUCGAGGAUCUGCAACUGGCACGAAAGGCCUACCACGACCCCAUGCUCAAACUCUCCAUCAUGACCCAGGAGGAACUAGCUCACAUUUUUGGUGACCUGGACGCAUACAUCCCCCUCCAUGAGUACUUAACGGUGAAGCUCACAGAGGGAACGGGCCCUGAUGGAACCGUAGAUCAGAUCGGCCAGAUAGUGAUAGACUGGCUGCCUGGCCUGAACGCUUACAAAAACUACUGUAGCAACCAGCUUGCAGCCAAAGCGCUGCUGGACCAGAAGAAACAGGACAAGCGGGUGCAGGACUUCCUGCAGCGCUGCCUGGAGUCGCCUUUCAGCAGGAAGUUGGAUCUGUGGAGCUUCCUGGACAUCCCACGCUCACGUCUGGUGAAGUACCCUCUGCUGCUGAAGGAGAUCCUCAGACACACUCCUCCUGAUCACCCCGAUGUAACCAGUCUGGAGAGAGCGAUCACAAUAAUUCAGGACAUUUUGUCUGACAUCAACGUGACAAAAGGGGAGUCGGAGUGCCAGUAUUACAUAGACAAACUGGAGUUCCUGGAUGAAAAGCAGUGGGACCCUCUCAUCCACGAGUGUAAGACCCUGCUGUGUCACGGCGAGCUUCGGACCAAGAGCGGUUCGAGGCUACACGUGUUCCUCUUCUCCGAGCUGCUGGUUCUGACCCGACCGGUGACGCGUAACGAUAGGAGCUGCUUCCAGGUGUACCGGCAGCCCAUCCCAGUGAGAGACCUGGUUCUGGAGGACCUCCAGGACGGAGAGGUUCGCUUAGGCGGGUCGUUCAGGGGGGCGUUCACAAAUGGAGAGAAAGCUAAGAACGUUUUCCGAGUGAGCUCCACCGACCCGUCCCACGGCCAGUCGCACACGCUGCACGUCAGCGACGUUUACCACAAACAGCAGUGGCUCAACUGUCUGCGCACCGCAAUCACCCAACAGCAGGGGGCUCCAGCCACAGUCCAGCCCGUCCUCCCCUCUUCCACCUGCGACGAGGAGACAGACGAGAACUGCCCGCCUCCUCCCGGCCCGAAGCUCCGGCGUCAGACGCUGUCCAGAAACAGGCUGGAGCAGAAGUUACAGGGAUCACAAAGGAGGAAGGAAACCGGAGUGUAGACAGAGCCAAUCAGGGCGUCUCUCUCGGACGGACGCUUCCUCAGCAUGUGUCCUGUCAGUCAACUUUGUCUCAUUGCUUUUAUCAUGCUUGACUUUUUAGCUUUCCCCUCUCCCCGUCCAAAGUGUGUUUUUGUGUUUUUUAAAACAUGUAUUUAGUUUACAAAAAAAAAAAGAGAAAAAUAAAGGAAAAGGCGAUCCAUUUCACUUGACUGAGUUAAAAGUUUUACACCACUUGUUGCUCUCCGGUUUCAUCCUGUGGUCGAUGUGUUUAACGUUGAGUUAUCUGGUCCGAGAUAAAGGGAUGACGAAGCCCAGCUGACAUCUGAGCUUCACGUGGGUCUGGAAAUGUUUGCGCUGCGAGAUAGCAAGCGAGAUAUUGCUAUGUUCAAUAAAAGCUGAAAAAGAUGUAUAUAAAUGUAAUCUGUGAAAACCUGUGAGCUAGAUGGCAAAAAUAAGUAAAACGUGUUUGCUUGUUA